AGGCGAGGCGAUCCUGGCUUUUCUUCCGCGUGAAUUCUGAGUUCCCUCAGAGGAUCGUCGUGCUAGCGAAGCGGACGCCUCGGGCGUGAGGAGGGGAGCCCUUUUUCUAGCGCGGGAGACCGAGCCAGAGGCUACUCGUGAUCUGUGAGGUAAAUCUUUCCGAUUUACUUGGGGCCUCUGACAGGAAGAUGAAGUCGGUGAACUUCACUGAGGGCGGGGCCAGGCGAGGGGCGGGUGGAAAGCCGCGGGCUGAACAGGGGUCUGACGGGUCGCGACAGGCUGGGCAAGUUCAUAUCCCGGGGGGCAGGGUGGGCCUUCGUCUGUCUGCGCGUCUCUCCCUCGUGCGCGCCCCAAACCUGUCAGAAACAGAAUGAACUAAGGGCUUCUCUUCCUUUGUCUUCGAUGCCUAUGUUGUGAAAAUCUUACGCGGAAUCGUUAUUUCUAGAGGCAUACAUUGCAGAACGUUUUAUUUUAUAUUUAUUUUGCUGUAAACUUAUUUUGGGGCAUGCUCACAGGAUCGAACCUGUCAACAACUACAAUUUCAUUUUGUGACGGAAAUGCACAAACUAGAAUCUAGCCCGAAUUUAGCCAGAAUCUGACACAAGCGGAACUAAAAUUCAGAUCUCAUAGCUCUCAGAUACCAGCUCUCCAUCGCCGCACACCUGAAAUCAGGGUCGAUGCUGUCAUUAUCUUCUUUGUUAAUUUUGGGCCAACAAAAUAAGUUGUUAUUCAACUAAGAUAAUCUUUAUUUGAUAUCGCUAAUUUUGAAAUUUACCAGUUUACUUAAAUGAUGUCUUUGGAUUCAGAAGGUUUCAGAGAUUUAUUUUUUAAAAGUCAGAAGACAUCUAAAUAUGGUGCCCUCUGGAAGAAAACGUACAGGGAAAUCUGGGAAGACAUCAGUGGAGGAUCAGGUUAUAAGAGCCUAUGGCUUUGAGAAAGAAGAUAAAAAAGGUCUGAGUGGUUCAGAGGAAGAUGUUACUGAAGGGAAGACUCCAGUAAUUGAGAAGCAUGGGAAGAAAAGGACUUCUGCAGCAAUAUUUGAAGAUGUGGGGGGUGAAGUACAAAAUAUGCUGGAAAGAUUUGGAGCUGACAUUAACAAGACUCUUCUUGCCAAGAGAAAAAGACUAGAAUUGUAUACCAAGGCUUCUCUCAAAACUAGUAACCAGAAAAUUGAACAUGUUUGGAGAACCCAACAAGAGCAAAGGCAGAAGCUUAACCAAGAAUACUCUCAGCAGUUUCUGACUUUGUUUCAGCAGUGGGAUAUAGAUUUGCAGAAAGUUGAGGAACAAGAAGAAAAACUAGCUAACAUGUUUCGACAGCAACAAAAGGUUUUUCAACAAUCUAGAAUUGUUCAGAGCCAGAGACUGAGAACAAUUAGACAGUUAUAUGAGCACUUCAUAAAGAGUAUGGAGGACUUGGAGAAGAAUCAUGAUAAUCUACUUGCUAGUGCACAAAAUGAACUUAGAAAAGAAAUGGCUAUGUUGCAAAAAAAAAUUAUGAUGGAAACUCAGCAGCAAGAGAUGGCAAGUGUUCGAAAGUCUCUUCAAUCCAUGUUAUUCUGAUGACUCUUUGAAGGAAGAACUUGAACCUAAGUAAUAUGAUACAAUUAUAACAUUAGCUAAGAGGCAUGUAAUUCUUUUAGAGUGGUUUAAAAAUUCUAGUUUAAAAUAAUACAUCGUGUUAAUUGUUAGCUUAAGUGCAAGACCCCUCCUUCUGUUAACCUUCACAUAAAGCUGAACAAUUAUGUGAGUAGUAGCAAUUCCUAAAUUAUAUAUACCAAGCUUCCAAUUCUUUCAUAGUAAUAGUGAAUUUUUCUCUUUAACACUUCUCAAUUAACUUUUAGCAAUAAAGAUUAUUUAAUUUCA